CUAUUAUGUUUGCAUUUCACGAUUGCUCCGGAUGGUGCAGUUAUAAUAAAUGGUAUAAGCUUGACAGUAUCCAAAAAUGAUGGCACUGAAACGUAUGGUUCUAUCAGUUAUCAUUUCGUUACUUGACGUAACGUCGAGCUUCCUCGAAGCCGAUGAUUUACAGGAGUGUAUCAGUUCGCAAAGAGUUAUAGGCGGGUAUUGCAUGCCGAUUACUGAUCGACCGUUUCAGGCAUUGUUGCUUGUUGAUAACCAUGAAAAAUGUGGCGCAGUGAUAAUAUCUGAACGUUGGAUUAUAACGGCUGCCCAUUGCGUUUAUGGUUUAUCUGCAAAACAAAUUACUGUUGCGGUUGGAUCUUCGAAAAUUGGAGGAAUCGAUCAGCUUACUUAUGCAAUCGAUACGGUUGUUCUACAUGAAAACUUUAUUUCUAACGAGGUGACGAUGGAAAAUGAUAUCGCUCUAUUGAGGACGAUAAAUGCUAUAGAAUACAGUUCCAGGGUGCAACCGGUGCCUUUAAAUCGUGUUUCACCGCAGCCAAGCGAUGAGACUGUGGUUUCGGGAUUCGGUGUGACGAAUAUUAACAAGAGCGUAACGUCAAAUUACCUGAUGGCCGUUGGUGGUAAAGUGAUUGAGAGGAAUGCGUGCAGAUCCUUACUGAAGAACGCCGAGCCCCAAUUGGUAUUAUCAAACGGGAGUUUUUGCGCAGGAGUUUUGAACGGGGGAAAGGAUUCAUGCCAGGGAGAUAGCGGUGGUCCGCUUACGAUUAGCAAUGUCUUGGCGGGUGUAGUGUCCUGGGGUUUUGGCUGUGGGCAAGUAAUGAUGCCCGGUAUUUACACGGACGUGUCAUAUUACUUUGAUUGGAUUUUGGAAAAUAUGAACUCUGCCUCGGUGGACAAGUGAAAAGGUGGGCUGAGGACCAAGACAGUAACCGAGUAUAAUGUAAUUAAUAAAAUACAUGUGAAGUCUCGUCAAUAGUCUUGUCCAGCGGGUAUCGAAGCUCCUAAUUGCAAAACUUCUAGGGGUCAAAAAGUCUGAAUGGUAAUGACAGGCGAUUCUUGGUGCGCUAAUUAUUUUUCGUUAAUAAAUAAAUAGAAUAAAAGUUGGUGAAGCCUUUUAUUGGGUGAUGUGAGUGACCAAAAUGAUGCUUUUUUUAUAGUUCAUUGGUUUACUGUUUUAUCCUUAAGCUAUGUGUAAUUAUAACGAUAUCAUCCAAUCGAACGAUGGUGUCUGGUACGGUUUAAGCUGUAUCAAGCAAUGGAUGCUUCGGAAUUCGGUGAAAUUUAUUAAAAGUGUUAACUACGUAGUGUUUAUGGUUCUGAGAAAGUGUAAAACGUAUUAUAAGAUACAGGC